AAAGACGUUUAUAAUAAGUAAUAAAAAAAUAAUAUGUACACAAAAAGGAAAAGAAAAUUUUGUAAAGUGCUACAAAAUAAGUGGAUGCUCAAUGAAAAUAACUGUGUGUGAGUGCGCGCCUUGUGGGGGGUGGGAUCAUUCUACGUUUUGUUGCGGAUGAAUCUCGUCAUCAUUUGUGCAAGAUAUGAGCAAAAAGCAAUGGGGGGCCAAAUUGGUUGGAUCUUCCAUUUUGUGAUUUUCGUUUUUGGUGGUUUUAGCAAACAGCAUUGCGAAAUAAUUUUUUUGUUUUGUUUUUUUUCCUCUUGGUUCAAGUGUGUGUGAUCUUUUUAUCUUGAGUUUUUUUUCUUUUCUUGAAAUUCAUUGCGAUAGAUAUUUCCUUUUGUCUUCUUCCAGUAGCUAGGGAUCUUUUGUGUG